UCUCGGUUGGCAUCAGCAUCUCAGCUGCUGAGGUCACUUCCACAGGAACCAUGAAACUACACGUUUGCUUCGUAAUCAUGGCAUCCGCCCUGGCAGUGGCCGCGGAGGAGAAGACUAAGGAAACCUCGGUGGAGGACAAGAAGACUGACGGCAAAACAGGCAAGAGAGGGAUCUUCGAUUUCGGGUACGGUCAUGGUUGGGGACUUGCCCAAGGACACGGUCUGUCCCUUGGUAGCUUCGGCAGCUUCGGCGGCUUCGGAGGCUUCGAUCACGUGGGAGGAGCUGGAGGUUUCGAGCACCUGACCUUGCCAGAGCAACAUGAAGAGAAGCAUGAGGAGCACAUCAAGGCCAUCACCAUCACGAAGGAGGUCAAAGUCCCGGUGCCUCAACCCUACCCAGUUCAUGUCGAGAAGAAAGUUCCCUAUCCGGUCAAGGUCCCUGUUGAGGUUAAGGUGGAGAAGCCUUAUCCUGUACAUGUCCCAAAGCCCUACCCUGUUUACAUCGAGAAGAAAGUGCCCUAUCCCGUCGAGAAGAAAGUGCCGUACCCCGUCAAAGUCGAGGUUAAAGUGCCCGUUCCUGUCCCUCACCCAGUUCACGUCCCUAAGCCCUAUCCUGUCAAGGUCCCUGUCCCUAAGCCAUACCCAGUCAAGGUCCCAGUCUACAUCGAGAAGAAAAUCCCCAUAUACAUCAAGGAGCAUCAUCACGAUCAUCAUCACGGUGGCGAUAGCUUCGAGGGGUACCCAUGA